UUAAAUCAGUGACAAUUUGCUUUGCCUUUGGAAAAGAGAUAGUGGAAAUAUAGUGGAGCUAGAAACUAACAUGAAAAUAUUGUGGAUAUUGUCUAUCCUGUUUUCAAUUACGUUUUAUGUAAUCUUCUCCGAAAGUGUUCCACUUAAUAGCAUUAUUGAGCAUGAAGAUGACUCCAAUGGGAUCGAAUUGGAUGAGGAUAAUGAUAAUGAUAACACGGAAUCUAUAAGUAAGGAAUUAAACAUCGCGUCUAUAAAGUCCCGCGCCAUUGCCAUGGACCGUGAGAUUUGUAGUGUCUUAUCCCGUUACCAUCCCCAUUACCCGCGUUGUCAGGACUACUGUAAAAAGCUCAAUCAUUGGAUGGGUAUGUGUCGUCGCCACAGUUGCCAUUGCUACUCAUAAUUAAAGACACCGCACAAGAUUAUAUAUUUUUAUUCAAAAAAUGUUUACCUAAUUACAUUUUAUUAUUAUUAAUAAAUGCUCAACAAAUU